GAAGCCAUUAACUUUCCUCUACUUUUGUUUCAUUGUUCUUUAGGGACAAUUUUAUAAUGGACUAAAUUUGUUAUUAUCAUUACAUAGAGAAGGACAUCUCUUUCCCUGGGAGACACAGAAACUCUGGCAUCUGCAUAGAUGCUACGUUAGAUUGACUUGAAACAGUGAACCAACUGGAGACAAGCUGAUCAACUCAACUCCUACUCCCUGUCCUCAUUUAGGGGUUUGACUUAUUGGUGCUUUCCAUGCAGAGUGGGGACAGUUGUGUGGAUUCCUCCAGGCAGGACCUGCUGUGCCUAAGACAAGUUUCUUUAUGUUUCAAGGUGCUGAUUAACAUCUAGGGUAGAGACUCCAAGGCUACAAAAUCAGUCCAAUUCUGCAUAGAUUGCAGGUAGUCAGAGGAGACUUGCAAGUAGCAAGUCACUUGUAUGUAGUCAGAGAAACUUCUUGCAGAUGCAGAAAGGUACACAAUGUAGGACAUUGCGUACACAGUUCAGGUAGGUAGAUGAUGUUUUGUAUGGGGCAGCCCCAAAGAACACGAGACAGCUGGAUGUAACUGCACAGUAACCCAUGAUUCAGAGUCCCAUCUGAUCCAGCCAACACCAUCACUAUGAAGACCUUUGCAACAGAAACUCCUCUUGCCAUCUGGACACUGACUGUCCUGUUGAAGGAUUUGAUUCCUCACAGUGAUGCAAUAUUAGCAAAAAUCAGACCCCGUCGACUACCCAAGAAUCAUCAGAUUUAGCCCUUCCCUAUCCAUAGGAAUGAAAAAGUAAUAUUUUUUUCUAUUAAAUUGUUGCUACCCAAGCUCUCAGCAAGCAGACAUGGGUGUCUUUGGGAGUGCUGUGAUUACUUUGGGCAGUCAAACUGAUAAUUGAACACAGAGAUAACAUUUCAUGUUAUACCUAGCUAUUGGCUAGAACUGUACCCAGGCUGGGUUCAAAGAGAGCAUGAACAAGAUAGCAGCCUAUCUCCAGUUUUCUAAUCUUCUGUGUUUUCUUCUCUAACCCAUUUUCACAAGGCAUGUAGCUGCUCCAGAUGGUGGGGACAAAGAAGACAGACCCUAGUUCUCAAAGUGCAGAGAACAUCCAGCACAGAGGAUUCUCAUACAAUUUGUUCAUUCUCAUAGCACCUUCUGAGAGGUCUGGAAAUCUGAGAGGAUAAAGGAGGUACAGGGCGUUUAGAGCAGUGAAAUUUCCAGUUUGGUGUCAACGAGAUAACCUAGAGAAAGACAAUAUUUGAUAGGCUUAUUAUUCCUCAAUGAGGCAAAUUUUAGGUUAUGGAGCUCUGUUGUAGCCCAGCAACCUAGUAAGGGAGUUAAAGGUAAUAGGGAAUUAAACACAAACAAGAGACCAGGAAGCAUCCAAGGUAUAGGAAUGCCAGGUGUCUUAGGGGACAAAAUGUCACAAAACAGGUUGCUGAAACUGUCCAUUGGGGCUCAGAGGUAAGUUCUGCUGCUAGACUUUUCUCACUUACCUUGAAGCAGCAAUAUAACCUUGCCUCAGUCCUAAUGAGGGAAAGCACUAGAACUCAGUGUGACUACUCAAGUGACUUAAAAAAACAACCAUAAAACCAAAGAAUCAAAGCCCAAACAAAAGCAGAGCAGUGAUUUGAGCUUGAACCUGAGGGAUCUUGAUGUUCCUGAACCUGCAAGGAUCUCAAGAACAGCACCUCACAGGUCUGUAUCUCCAACUAUUUAAAUAAAUGUAUUGAAGAAUCUAAACAUAACUAAACUACCUUGGAAAAAAAAAAUCUACCUCUAAAAUUAAUGUAUAGUUAAAACAAGAGUUCUCUCAAAGCAUAAAUGCAAAAUUGUCCAAAGAGAGCAGAAACAAAGAACAAUAGUUCAUGCACACUGAUACACAUUAUUCCCUUAGUAAGAUGGAAAAAGUCAUUUUUGGUGACAAGGUAAAAUUCUCACUGUAACCAACUGUUUAAAUGCAUUCAGGAAGCAGAAGGAGAUUUUGAAGAAAGGCAUUUCAGACAAUUCAGAACACCUCUGCUCAGCACCACGUGGAGUUAAGUCCAACCCAAGAUUUGAAGUCACUUUUUCCUGCAGCAUAAAUACAAGUACCAGAUCAGAUCCUCAGCUGGUAUCCAGUAUAAAUUCCCUUGUCUUCACUGACCAUAGGGAAAUUAUAAAAUUUUUCAGUAGCUGAAAAAUGUCAUUUUCCAUUAAUGUACAUGAAAUUAGCAUUAAUGCACAUUAUAAGUAAUUAACAUAAUACUUUAAAAUUGAAUGAAUAAAAACUAGGAUAGAAUUUUCUCUCAUCACAACAAGAUUUUGACAUUCCAAAGAAUACAUCCUCUUUGUUGAUGGACAUACUUAUAUUUAAUUGGCAAGAGAAAGGAAACAGAAAAUACUGGUCAGUAAAAAAUCCAUUUAAAACUAAAUACCAAUUGCAUGCCAGGCAAACUGAAAACCUUAGAAAGAACAUCUCCAUCUUGGUUUUUAUCUCCAGAGUGUCAGCUGACCAAACAAGUAACUGUCCUGGGAGGCUGCUGUGACAACAAGUUAAAUUUACCAACUGCCACUUUCAAAGUGCACACCUGCUAAUAAGGUGAUUGAAGAAUAUUUGCAGUCACAUUUACAAAAAAAUUGACCCAGUUAAUUAAUUCUUUGCUAACUGCAUUAUAAAAUUUCUCUACAAGGAGAAAUCUGUUCAAUCACAGGUUCUUUCCCACUUCAAUGCCAUAUUACCUAAAAAACAGUCUCAUGUCAGAUUUGUGUGAUCUACCUGACAGCAGCAGGUGUAGGAGGAUGGCUGUAUACCUUGCUUUCCUCACGAAUGGACUCUUUUGUUCUACAGUCAAAUAAUUGCUUUGAACUCUCCCCCACCCUUGAACGCGCUUAGUUUUAUACACAAUUCAGUUCUCAGGCUCCUUGAGCUCCAAAGUUGAUUGCUGCAACUAAUUGUUUUCCCUGCCCAGCUCCAUACAUGAAUUUUUUUGCAACACUGCACUACUGGCUUAAAUAAACAGAGAUGGUUAUUUAAGCAUCACACUGAGGUUGUGGAAAGAGGUUUAGGCUACCUCUUAAACUCCUUAUGAAAUGCAGCAGCUGGAAGGGGGGAGCAAUAUCCAUGUGCCUCUUCAGCUACUUCCCCACUCUACCAUUUGUGGGUCUGCUGAAGGUAUUAUCAGACAAGAUAAGAAAAGAAAACUUUUUAGCUAAAUGUUAAGUAUCAAUAUGUCAUUCCUGUAGAAGUUUUAAGGUAAGCUAUUAGAUCAAAAUGCUGUUGACAAUUCUGACUUUUCAUUCUUAAAACAACCUGAUCACCCACAAUAUCAGCCUAGAAAAAAGGAAAGCCCUCUUGCAAAAUUAGGAGUCACACUUCCACUCACUUUGAUUACAGUUCGUAAUCCUUGGCCUAGUACUGUGGGAUAAUAAACUUGAAGUGGUCAACAGGACCAUGUGCUAUAGCAUCAGGAGCUACAGGUGAAUAAUUCUUCAACUAAUAUAUAUUGCAAGUAUCAUCAUUGAUGCAAAGAACACAGGUACUAGAUUUUCUAAUUGGUUUUACACUUACUGCAUGACCCAGUCAGACCAUCUGAUGUCCCAAAUUAACAACUGUAAAAUUAUAUUAAGAGAAGACCUUUUUACUAGGAGGUCUAGAAAAACUCUCUCCUUUUUGUCCUGACACUUGGAGUCUACUGGGGGCAAAAAAAAUAAGGACCUCAAUUCCCACAGAUCCACAAGUCAGUCAACCAAUUGUUCAAACUGCUGCUAGUGUGGCUUGUACUAUAAAGAAGCAAGAAAUUUUGUUAAUUCCUACAAAUAAUAUUCACUGGGGUAACUGAUAAAUCUACUAGCCAUUCCUGCACACAGCACAACUCAAAACAGUAAUUCAAGCAGUUGCCUGGCAAGGCUCAUUAUACAGCCAUGGUGGUUGCACCAAGAAGCAGCAAAGUGUGAUGGAAAACUUCCAUGUCCCAUAGUGACAUUCUGGAUAUACUAGAAGUAGCAGAAACACAUCUACAUACAUAAAACAAAGCUUUUCUGUUUGUGUCUCAUUCAUGGCUCUGUCAUUAGCUCACUGCAUCUCAGACAACUUGCUUCAUCUCUAUGACUUUUUGCCAUACACCUUCCAAGAUCAAUAUACUUCCCUGUCUACAGUCAUACUCUGAUAGCCUUAACACUUAAGGUACUUUUCUUUGAAAAUGAAUCCUUAGAUGACUUACACAAACUCAGUGUCUGUGGCUUUGCCUCUAUUCCAGGCAAGAAGCAGCUUAUGUAAGAGCAAAAGCAGCAGACAGGGAACUGUAUCACCAUGUACAGCUGCAAAAUUGCAGGGUUUGGGCUUCACUGCUUUACCUUUUCCUUUUUUUUUUUUCUUUUUUUUCUUUUUUUUUUUUUUUCUGAAAAGCAAAGAAAUCUAGAAAGCCAGUGUAUAUCUAUUAAAGAUAGAUAAGAAAAUGUGACAUAACUUAGGCAGAGGCUACGUCCUACUGUGCAUUCAGGUCUCAUGUCUGGCAUUACAAACUUGGACAAUACCUUUGCAACAAGUCAUUCUGUAAAUAUGAGGGUCAACUUUAUUUUGCAAUUCUGGUUAGAGGAUGAAACAAAACCCUCACUUGAUGCAACGUAUCUGCUUCUCCCACAGAUUAUUUUUUCUGCAGAAGUCAUAGUUAGAUGCUCUAUGAUUCAGAAGUGAAACAAAGACAUGAUGCUGCUGGGCAGUUUUUGCCAUGCAGGUACUUACAUAUUCUUCCCUUUCAUUAAAGAUGUCAAAGAAAAUUACAAAGAACCACCUGAAAUGGUAACAAUGGAUCCAGAAAGAUCUCUUGAAUUAAGUCACGAUGGAAUGAGGCAGGGAGGGAGAGUGUAUUCUUCCUAUUUUCCCCAUCCUAUACCUUUCUCCUUGGGAAAAAGCAGACAACAGGAACAAAAUUUUCUACUCAGAUCACUAUCUGCUCAAUUGAAAUAUGGAUUAGAGAUAUGAAUGAGUGAACCAUCUACAUAAAACAUCUCAAGAGCCUAUGGAUUAGGCUAUAUAAACAGCACAUCUGAAUUCAAGCUACAUUUUUCUAAUCAAUAACAAAUCUUUACUGUCCAAAACAGCUUGAAAUAAUGUUAGAUAUAUUAGUCUUCCAAUAAUGCUUUAUUAUACUGUCACUUUCUAACUGAAAUUGUGAAAAGGCUCUAUAUAAAAAAGUACAGGUAUCUGGAAGGAAAUUAACACUUAAGAGUUUCAUUCUAUUCCUGUGAAUCUGAAACUCUGAAGGAAAGAAAUUUGAAUCUACAAAUUCAUUCUACAUUUCACAUUUAUUCUUCCACAUUUUGAAAUGAGAAAGGUUGGCGGGGGUGGGGAACUAUGUUCUUUUUCUGAUAUUCUAUUUCUGGUCAUUCAGGUAUUGCUUGUCAGUUAGGUCUACAGAGUUUCAAAAUGGGUUAUAAUUUCUAUCUAUAUGGGUUAUAAUUUCUAUCUGUACUGUUGUUCUUGUAUUUUAUUCCUCCUUCAAAACAGGUGCAUCUUCUGCUCACCAUGUCAUGCAUUUGUCUCUUGGGAGAGUGGGUGGUUCUCACAAAUACAAAAACUGCUAAGCUCUGUAAGACAGAAAGAAAUUCAACAUUAACAAAAAAAAUCCAGUAGCCGAAGUGCAGCAAAAUGUAAUGCUGCACUCAGAUAAAAUAACCUCCUUUCUUCUCCUGACACUUCUGUCAAGUACAUGACAACGUCUGUACCUUCCCCCUCAAGUUACAACAACAGUAUUUCCUAAACCUGGCUGAACAUCUUAGAAACGAAGGCAACUUCUAACCCUCCAGUAUUCAUUUCAUUAGAUUCAAGUCUGAUAUUAAAUUAUCAAUUUAAAAAAGAACUCAAAAUUGGUAGCAGCUAAUUUUAAUUCCCCUACAACUGUCACGGCCUAAAAAGGUUUAGCAACCUGAAACAAACCUACACACAAAGGGAUCUCGUGACAUAGGAGGAUGACUAGUUAUGUAUUCAAAAGUCAAAUACAAAUAAAAUGAAGAAAGACUCAUUUUUGUACAAGCUGGCAUUUCAUCUAUAAAAGACAUCUGUCACAUAUGGCACAACCCUCAGCAUAAUAGGGAGAGCAUUAUUAAGUGCUGUAGAGCAAAUAUGAAGCUCAAAGAUAGGUCAGAAAGGGACAGGGACUUUAAGGGGACUUCAUCAACACCAAUUCUCUGCAUAAUCUGCAAAAUGCAGGCUCCAAAAAGGUUUCCUAGAACAGCGCAAAAAAAACCCCAAACAGUGCAUCCAUCAAAAAUUGUUUCACACUGUCUUCAGUUGGGGGUCAACCAAAAUACUGUAAUUAUUAUCAUCUAGUUGUGUGUUUUCUCCUCAUGUUCACAGAAGCACUCGACUCCUCCUUGAGAAAAAAGCAUUUUUAAAAACUGUGGCAGUCAGGCCUACAAUGGACAAGUGAGCACUGGCACUACCCCCUUUGCUACAAGGGCAACCAGCAGGUUUGAAACAUCCUCAGUACUCAACAAAGACCAGAUUUUCAGGAGAGCUCAGGUGUCUCACUCAAGCAUCAUUAAGUCUGUGCCCUGGCUAAUCAAAUCCCAUGGGAUCAGAGAGGACGGAGAUGCGCAAACGGCAGAUGUCUACAACCCAGGACACCCCAGGUGCUGCACAGGCUCAGCUCAGCACAGGAAAUCGAGGGUCCAAUGCCUGCUGCUUUUGUUGGUGCUGUUGCUGCAGCUGCUCAUGCCUUACUGUUAGAAAUCAAGAAGAAGAGAGAGCAAGGACAACAUCUCAUGAACUACAAGCAGAGGGUAUUCCAAACUGCGAGGAAAGCCCUGCUCCUACUCUCGAAGAAGUAAAUGCCUGGGCUCAGUCAUUUGACAAGUUGAUGCUUACACCAGCUGGCAGAAAUGCUUUUCGUGAAUUUCUACGAACAGAAUUCAGCGAGGAAAACAUGCUUUUCUGGAUGGCCUGUGAGGAACUAAAGCAAGAAUCCAACAAAAGUGUCAUUGAAGAAAAAGCAAGGCUAAUUUAUGAAGAUUAUAUUUCUAUCCUUUCUCCAAAAGAGGUCAGUCUGGACUCCAGAGUAAGAGAAGUGAUUAACCGAAAUAUGCUGGAACCCUCACAACACACCUUUGAUGACGCACAGCUUCAAAUCUAUACCUUAAUGCACAGAGACUCUUACCCACGGUUUAUGAACUCUGCUAUUUAUAAGGAUUUGCUUCGGUCCUUAUCUGAAAAACCCAUUGAAGCAUAGAAUUUUUUCUUAAAUGUAUUUAUUUUAAAACAAAUGGAACUCUGGGCUACACAAAUCCACAGGGAAUUUAGAAUUAAUCAGAUAUCUACCUGAAAAUAACUCAGGCAAGUUUUACUACAGACUGAAUUAUUUAAAUCCGCACUGGCAGGCUCUGUCACAAUCAGCUAAAUACAGUUUCUGAUCAAAUUCAGUGUUACUUUGCAAAAGGGAAUGAACAUAAUGAAGAGAAGAUGUUGUUCAAAAAAUGCAGUAUUUUUUCAAACACAAAACACUAUUCAGAAGAAAAAUUGUUACAGUGUAUGUCUGAGGUACAAAUGCCAACUGAGCGUGAAAACUAAAAUUAAUUUUUAAGUGGAGUGUUAGAAUUGUCUUGAAAACCAAACCAGUUUCCCUAUCCACACUGUGACCCAAGUAAAAAUAUUACUGUCAAUACUUACUCCAGGCAAUGCCAUCAUACCUGGCAUAGGUACACUCCACCUGUUUUGGUAUAAUUAAUGUGUACACGGUGUGCUAAUGGAAAUCAGCACAGCAACCUCAAGUUUAUUAAAGUUACUGGUUGAAAUAAUGCUGCCUAUUAAAAAAAAAAAUCUUUUGAAGAGUUAUUAUUUUACUACUAAAAUCUGCUGAAAGCAUUAAGUUCCUAUUGUUGAUGUUUAUAAAGUUAAAUUAUUUACUUCAGAGGAAGAUGUGUCUGGGCAUUCAAAUUCCAAAAUAAAGCACAAGAAUUGCCACACAUUAUUCUCUUCCCUCAGUAGGUAUGUGUAAAAUCCUUCACUAUUCACACCCAUGAGGAUGGCACCAUCAGCCAUCUUGGUUCUGUACAUAUUAAAUUCUCCCAUUACCUGACAGAUCUUGUAAGGUUUCUAUUACACAUACACACACAAUUUAAUUAAUAAAAGCAGGAAGCUUGAACUGUUGUGUUCUGACACAGCACUAUUUCAGACUGACAGCACUAGCUCUAUCCAGUAAUAAACAAUGUUCAAUUACUGGUACCCCCAAAGCAUUACACUUGAUUUCUUGUCAUAUCUCUAAACCAUUAAUCACAGGAAAUACCAGGAAGAAAGUAAGUUGAAUCCACAUAAUCUGUGUGUAGGUCUGUAAUUCUAAUAUAUUCUUUUAAAUUACAAGAUUCACUACAAUUCCACUAUAUUAAACUCUGGAUUUUAUAGUGGAUUUCCACUGAAUUGCAUUUUUUAAAAUAUUUAUUUAAAUGACACCAAAUGGCACAUAUAGUUACAAAAUUAUAUACAGGAAACAGGAAAAAAAAAUACCCCUAGAAAGGGAGAACCAGACAGGUACAGUUCAAUGAUGUGUACUGUAGCCCUUCCAAAACCUACACUUUGCCUAAUUCCAGCACUGUGGGAAGUACAAAAUGGGGACUUUCUCUAAAAAAAUAGAAAUGGGAAUAACAUAAUAGUACUUGAGAGAUCAAUUUAAUUGUUUCCUCAAUACACUUGGCAGGAGACAUAUUCUCCCCUUACUGCAUUUGCAUUAUAAAACAAAUUAAUGAUGAAAUAUUUCAUUACACAGCAUCACAGGAGAAGAUCCAAUAUGUGGUAACUUAACAAUACUAUGGACCAGUUCAAGGCCAGGUUGGAUGGGGCACUGAGCAACAUGGUCAGUGGGAGGUGUCCCUGCCCACGACAGGGGGGUUAGUACUGGGUUAAGUUCCAUCACCACCCAAAUCAGUCUAUGAUUCCAUUACCAGUUUUCAUCAUCUCCUUCCAACAAUAUAACACUAUUCAAUAUGUCAGCACAAAAAAGUAAACAAA